AUGUUGCGACUUCAAGAACAACAGAAUGACUUAAACCUACAACAAAAUGAAAUCAUGAAGGGUUUCUCGUUACAGCAGCGAAAGAGCACUUUACCACAGCAACGAGUUCCAGUAUUCGAAGGGAAUCCUACGGAGUAUAAUAACUUUAUACGUGCAUUUGAGAAUAUUGUCGAAGCCAAGGUGGCUAAUUCAUCCGAACGAUUGUAUUAUUUGGAACAGUUUACUAUUGGCCAAGCAAGAGAAUUGGUGAAAUCGUGUCAUCACAUGGCCCCAGUGCGUGGUUAUCAGGAAGCUAGAGCCUUGUUGAAGAGAAAUUAUGGUAAUGAGUAUAAGAUAACAGCUGCCUAUAUGGACAAAGUGUUGAAAUGGCCUGAAUUAAAACCUGAAGAUAAUGUGAACUUGCACAAAUUCUCAAUCCUUCUUGUAUGCUGCAAAAAUGUUAUGGAUGGAAACGAUUUUAUGACUAAAUUUGAUAAUCCUGAAAAUAUUCAUCAGAUCGUGCAGAAACUACCGUUUAGUAUGAGAUGCAGAUGGCGCAGAAAUGUAGACGAGAUUACUGAAGUCAAGCGAAGAAUGGUGACGUUUCCAGACCUCGCAAAUUUUGUGGAAAAAGAAGCAAGGAUUGCUAACCACCCUGUGUUUGGAAAUAUUUCCACUGUCAAACCGCCAAGCAAUCGUUUAAAGUUCGCUAAGCCAAAACCUGGAGGAUCGAGCUUUGGUAUCAACAUGGAGGAAUCUCGAAAACUUUGUGAAUAUUGCAACAAGAACGGUCGUGGAAAAGUCAAUCAUACUAUCGAGCAUUGCGAGGCGUUGAAGAGCAAGCCCUAUAAAGAUCGCAUAGACUUUCUGAAAGGACUGCAGUUAUGCUUUGGCUGUCUUCGUGAAGGACAUCUUGCAAAAUUCUGUACCUCAUGACUCUCGUGCAAGGUUGCAAACUGUUUUAAGAAACAUCCAACCGUGUUACAUACUAUACCUAACAACUCAAAGAGUAAUAAGGUAGAUAAAUCGACUCUCACAGAUAAAGUUCUAUUCCAAACAGCUGGUGAUAGUUCGUUGACAUCUAAUGAUCGUGCUAACGAAAUCAACAUUGGAUUUACGAGUGGAGAUACCGACAGAGAAAUUCCUAGCCAAACAGGGGCCGGAAAGCCUACGAUUGCCAGAGCGAUAAUUCCCGUUAAAGUAAGGAGCAAAGAAACGAAUAAGACAAUCGUUACGUACGCAUUUCUUGACAACGGGAGUGAUUCGUCGUUCUGUACUGAGAGUCUAGCUGAACAGUUGGGUAUCAAGGGCAUCGAAACAGCGAUUUCGUUAACAACGAUGGAAAAGAAAAACAGUAUCAUCAAAAGCUCAAUUAUCCAGCACUUGGAAGUCUCGGAUUUGGAUGAGAACUGUUCUAUUGACCUACCACUCAUCUAUACUGCAGCUGAUAUUCCUGUGACAAGUAAAGACAUUCCAGAUCAAGAAGACGUCGAUCAAUGGCCACAUCUUCAAGGC